UUUAUUUUAUUACUGUAUCUGCAAAAACAUCGCGAGGUAGGAACUGUAGGGAAGGCCUGGCCACAAAGAACACAAGAAACAGACAAAAACCCAGAUGAGCAGCUGCUCUUCCAUGGCUUCCCUUCUCAUCCCACCUCCCACCCUUCCCCUCCAACUCAAGGAGGAUGGGAUUAGAGUCAGCACUCUACUUAGGAACCCAUCAUCUAAAAUUGACCGGACCGGUCUGAGAAGUUGCAGACGUCACGGACGGUGUUCUGUGGCGAAAGCUAAGGCGACCGUUGAAGAAGAUGUACUGGAGAAGCAAUCAGUCGGUGCUCAGGACAAAAAUGAUUUUGGAGUUGUUAGUGUCCACCAUGUCGGAUUGCUGUGUGAAAACCUUGAAAGAUCUCUCAGCUUUUACCAGAACAUUUUGGGGCUUGAAAUAAAUGAGGCAAGGCCACAUGAUAAGCUCCCCUACAGAGGUGCUUGGCUAUGGGUUGGUUCAGAGAUGAUUCAUCUCAUGGAACUUCCAAAUCCCGACCCUUUGACCGGAAGACCAGCUCAUGGAGGCCGCGACCGCCAUACUUGUAUUGCAAUCCGGGAUGUGUCUAAGCUGAAAGCAAUCCUCGACGAUGCUGGUAUUCCCUACACGCUGAGCAAGUCCGGGAGGCCGGCGAUUUUCACGCGAGACCCGGAUGCAAAUGCUCUGGAGUUUACUCAAGUUUAAUAGCUGAGAAUUGCAGCAUCCAUAUCAUAACCAGCUUUAUAUGUUGAUCCCAGCUAAUAGAGAUUAUAGAGUUUGUACAGUUUGUUUAUACAUUUGAAAGCUGAUUGUUAUAUGGACUGUUGGCGUAAAAAGCUACAGUAUCAGAUUAUGAUCAUAUAAUAAAGUACUUAAUUUGCAA